AUGAUACCUUGCUUUCCAGGUGAUUGGGUGUGGGACGAAAGCUAUCCUUUAUAUCAAUCUAAAGAUUGCAGGUUCUUGGACGAAGGCUUUAAGUGUAAAGAGAAUGGGAGACCUGAUUUAUUCUACACAAAGUGGAGAUGGCAACCCAAAAAUUGCAACUUGCCUAGAUUUGAUGCAAAGAUUAUGCUAGAGAAACUGCGAAAUAAACGUCUAGUGUUUGUGGGAGACUCAAUAGGAAGAAACCAAUGGGAGUCUCUACUCUGCAUGCUUUCUUCUGCCGUUUCCAAGAAGGACUCGAUCUACGAAGUAAAUGGAAGCCCCAUUACCAAACAUAAAGGUUUCUUAAUCUUCAAAUUUACAGAAUACAAUUGCACUGUGGAAUACUACAGGGCUCCAUUUCUUGUAUUGCAAAGCCGGCCUCCUGCAAAUGUUCCACCAGAGAUAAAAACUACUCUGAAACUAGACCAAAUGGAUUGGAGUUCUUCCAAAUGGAAAGAUGCAGAUGUACUAGUUUUCAACACUGGACAUUGGUGGAAUCAAGAGAAGACUAUAAGAGGGGGUUGUUUCUUUCAAGAGGGAUCCGAGGUGAAGAUUGAAAUGAGAGUCGACGAUGCAUAUCGGAAAUCUUUAGAAACAGUAGUGCAGUGGAUACACCGUGAAUUGACUACAAACAAGACUCAAGUCUUCUUUCGAACAUAUUCUCCUGUACAUUUCAGGGGUGGCAAUUGGAAAUCUGGGGGAACAUGUCACUUGGAGACACUUCCGGAGCUUGGUUCUUCAUUGGUUUCCUCCGACACUUGGGCUCGCUAUAGCAUAUUUUCCGAAGUCAUUUCAGAAUACUUCAACAUUUCAGAUUUGAGAGCAUUUGACUUGCUAAAUGUAACUCAUAUGUCGUCAAGAAGAAAAGACGGACAUUCGUCUAUGUAUUACAUGGGUCCAAAGACAGGUCCUUCAUCUCUUUACAGGCAAGAUUGCAGCCAUUGGUGUCUUCCCGGAGUGCCUGAUGCUUGGAAUGAGCUACUCUAUGCUCUUAUUCUAAAGCGUGGAGCGAUCAAAACAUCAAAUUAA